AUGGCUAACAGCGACACGCUGGAUACUGCAUCAACCCCGUUUGACCAACAUAACAUUGCUUAUAGGAAUAGGAUGAAGAGAAAACAUGAAGAUAGCCUAAAUAUGGAAAUGGGAAUGAAUGCGUUCAUGUCGGAAAUGAGAAAUCUAUUUGAAGUACAAAACAAUAAAAUUCAAUCACUACAAGAAUCAUUAAAUACCAACUCCGCUAAACACAAGGAAGUCAUAGAGGACAUGCACGCAAUUAUAAGUGAGAUCAAAUCACAAAACAUAUUGCUUCAAAAAUCUACUGAUUCAAUUGAAAAGUGCGUGGAUAAUUUAUCUACUAAACUAGAUGAUGUAUCAAUUAAAGUAAGCACACUUGAAGAGAAUUGUUCUGCAAACGACAAGCAAAUAAGUCUUAUUGAGAGUAAAAUUGAAGAACUAGACAGACAAGCCUCUCUUACGCUAUUAGAAAUUCGGAAUGUACCUACGAAACCUAAAGAAAACCUUGAUGACCUGUUGAAAAUAGCAAUAGACACAGCCAAAACUGCCAACGUUGAAAUAAGCAAUAAAGACAUCAAAGACAUUCGGCGCCUUCCUGGUAAACCAGAGGCGAACAAACCAAUCGUCGUCAAUCUUAAUUCUGCCAUAGACAAGAAAAACUUAAUAAAAGGAAUAAAGGCUUUUAACUCAAUCCAAGGCCUCCUCUCGCCGGACCAGCACGCGUUGACCCCUCGCCUGGAAGACUUCUUCUGGACGGGCUCAGGCGACGGGCCUCCGCCGCCGGAGCCGCCGGACCUGGCGCCCUCGCAGCCCUCGCUAGUACACACCACCACGGUGUUAGCUACCGUGUAUUUGGACUCGUAUCCGCCACAGGCAGUAACAGACCCUACAACGGGCGAGUGCUCUUCCCACUGCGGCGGCGUCCCAGACAGCUUGGAGCCUGAAGUCCCGGAUGACCGCCGCUACUGGCUGUUGACUGUCAUACAAGGAGCCGCCCCGGAUAGCCUGCAGCUGCGGCUUGCCAGGCUGUAUCAGAAGGCUUUCUUGAGGCAACAAGAAAGACAUCUUGGCAUCAUCAAGUCUCUCGAUGCGCCGACCACACGCAAGAAACAUGAAGUCCAUUCUUUCGUCGUCAACAAAGACUUCAAAAUCGAAUCUUCCGACUCAGAUUUACCAUUCCCAAAUCACAGUGAACAAUCAUCUGUGUCUUUUAUUGAACCCACGAGGGUCUUACCUAGCAUAGCUAACACCAUACUGAAUUCAUCAGGUUUAGAAGAAGUUUCUUCGGAUAUAUUUAAGGUAGAAGUAAACAUAUCGUCUCAAUUAGAAAUACAGCCGACAAAACAAAGUCAAAUCCAAUGGAUCCUAGCGACUAUGAGGAAGAGAGAAGUAACGACAGAUGGAGAGGAAAUUUCGAAGGAAGGAAAAGAGGAAUUGAUAGAUAUCCCUCUAGAGUCAGAUACUGGGAAUGAGACCAUGUUGUUCAAGAGGGAAAUCAUCAAGCCGGAUCAGCAGCCACCGGUGCAGGUCCACAUACAGAAUAUAACUGAGCUCUCAGAGACAGGCUCCAUAGAGAUAGUCUACGUGGUGCUAGUCGGAGGCAGGGCGGUGCCGGCGGCGGUGGCGGCGCGGGAUAUGAGGCUGGUCAGGAACGCAGAGGUGGCCAAGGAGCUGGGAGCCACGGUGACUACGAAGGCUGAACCAGCGUACCUCAAGGCAGCAGAAGGGCUGGCGGGGGCGGCGGAGGGCGGGGUGCGCGGCGCGGAGCUUUGGGCGCUGGCGGUGGGAUCCGCCGUGGCGGUGCUGUUGGUGUUGUUACUGGUUGUGUUGCUGUGUCGGCUGGUAAGACGUAAGAAGACCAUGUCAGCGGCGUCUCUCCGCGCCUACAGAAACGAGAUCCUGCGCGAGGCGGAGCGCAACCAGCUGAAACAGGUGCACGAGGAGAAGGAUGGACGGCUAAUCAGUGUGGUAUCUCCGAGUAGAACAAGACCCAGUAGCACACUGCUGCCCAUAUACAGGGCUGCCAGUGCCUCAAGUACUUCUACAACAUCGUCUGGAGUGUCGGAGGUGGCUGCCGCGUUGCGUCGACGGCAGAAAAAGCCUCACGCGCUUAGAAUAGCGCAGAAAAAGCGAGUGGGCACAACAGACAGCCUGCUCGAGGCCGCCGGUAUCGACAGUUCUGACAGUGCCAAAGAGCUGUCGGCACCCAACACGCCCACUUCCUACCUCUCUAUGCCGUCUGUACGGUCUUUUCCGAGAGGCAACACAGUAGAACCCUUAUCCAAAGUUCUCGAGCCAAUAUCCGUCAGACACCUAGACAUGGACUCGUCAGGUGAAUCCACUAAAGAACCCCGGACAGAACCAGUGACAAAGACCCAUCAAGACCGUAAGAACCAGGACACUGUGCCUCGGCGGCAGAUGUCUUCGCAACUGGUCAGAUUGGGCAGCAUUGGUAAAGAUCCUGGGGUGAUUGGCCCUUUGGUGUGGGACCUGCAUUGUCAGAGAAUUAAAGAUGUCCCCCAACCCUCCCCCGCAUCGCAACCCGGAGUCUCACGCAUGAGACAACGUUUCAACGAGCUCGUGGACGACGCGUUCAGCCUCUUCAACAGCGACCGGUCCAAUGAUACCUACACUGUGGAGGAGAAGGAUUGUCGGGAUGGGCUGGGGGUGUCACGCAUGAGACAGGGUUUCAACGAGCUCGUGGACGACGCGUUCAGCCUCUUCAACAGCGACCGGUCUAAUGAUACGUACACUGUCGAGGAGAAGGAUUGUCGGGAUGACAGUGAGAAGCUGGCCCAAGCUCGCAACGACAACGUGCGUCUCCCAGGCUCCCCGUACUCCGCACUCGAUACUGUCCGGGGCAAGUCUGCCGGAGUCAGGCCGGUCCCCCCCAGCAGCCGCGGCGAGGCGGAGGCCCCGCGGCCCCGCACCAGCGCCGCGCGGCCCGUCGAGCGCAGGCCCCCGGCUCGGGCGUGGGACGCCACUCCUUCACAUUCCCUAACAUCAUCCCUGCGGCUACAGCAGCCGGCUAUCAACCCGGCCUACAUCCUGGCAGAGCCGAAGCUCUCCCCGCAAGACCCGGCGCUGCCGCUCAUAUCCGCCAUCAAGAGCGAAAUACAGAAAGUGAGGCAAAAUGCGAAGCCACCUGAUAAGUAGGUUUGGUGGUGGUGGUGGAAGUUGAAGUAUGGUAUGUUAAAUAGUAUAGUAUGGUAUGGUCAUUAUGGUUUUGUUAUGUUAUGUGUCGGAUAAAUAGCACAUAUU